AUGUCACGAGCUGGAGACACUGGAGCUGGAGGCGCUGGAGCUGGAGGCCCUGGAGCUGGAGGCGCUGACGCUGGAGGUAUUGGAGCUAGAGGUGAUGGAGGUACUGGAGUUGCUAGUCCUGAAGGUACUGGUGCUAGAGGCGUUGUGGAGCCUCUCUCCCCACAGCAGCUGCGCGAGUGGUUUGCUCGGCGCACCCGCCUUCGGAGUCGCGCUGCUGGAGCUGGAGACAUUGCCGCGGGAGGCGUUGGAGCUGGAGGCGCUCGAGCUGGUGACGCAGGAGUUGGAGCCACUGGAGUUGGAGGCGCUGGCGCUGGAGGGACUGGCACUGGAGGUGCUGGAGCUGGAGGCACUGGAGCUGUAGGCACUGGAGCUGCGGGAGCUGGAGCUGGAGGCCCUGGCACUGGAGGCGGUGGCGCUGGAGGUGCUGGUACUAGAGGCGCUGGAGCUGGAGGCACUGGCGCUGGAGGCACCGGAGCUGGAGGUGCUGGAGCUGGGGGCCCUGUGCAACAGCGCCCGUUAUUCUUGCCGCCGCCACAGCUGUCCUCAGUACCGCCCGAGUCGGUGCUUCGUCAGGUUCUUAGUCUUCCUUCGUCCACUGCCCUUCCUCCAGACUCGCCACUGCCUGCCCCCCCUCCUUACACCGAGCAGCCGGUCUCCCUUACAGAGCGUCGUGAGCCUGCGUCUCGUCCUGCCUCCCCUGUUUGCACUCGUGUCCCUCUGCCGUCUCCUCUUGCGUCCUCUCUUCCUGACGUUCCGGACCCUGAGUCUGACCGUGUUCGUGCUGCCAGCCCCACUGUCACACGUCUCCUGGCUAUAGUCGUCACAGACUCGUCGUUUGAGUCUACUGCUGCGUCUGCCUUAGUUGCUAAGCUUGUGGACUUUGCUGCUGCGUGUCGUCUAGACUACGCCGCCAGUCUUGUUGGUGAGUCUGAGUCUGUCUGUCCUCCGUCAGUCGGGGGUGAGUGUGCUCUUGGCAUGGACGUCCGAGAGGACAGGCAGGAGGACUUUGAGUGUCUUGCGGCUGCUGUACCUCAUCUCGUGGCCAUGCUGCUUGCACCUGAGGGAGACCCGGAUGCACUGGACAUCCCAACCUUGCGCUUUUACGCAGAGGCGAUCACGGUUCCCCCUCCUGGGGUGAACAUAGUCGAUGGCAUGUGGAUUUUCAAGGUGAAGCGGCCGCCUGGUUCUCCGCCUGUCUUCAAGGCUCGUUACGUUGCACGAGGCUUUAAGCACGUUGCCGCUCAGCGUGACUACGAGCUUCACUCUCUUGACUUCAGCACAACCUUCUUACAGGGCAGCCUGCACGAGGAGAUCUGGCUGCGCCGCCCACCUGGCUUUACUGGGUCGUUUCCUGCGAGUACCCAGUGGAGCCUCCGGCGGCCAGUCUACGGUCUCCGCCAGGCGCCUCGUGAGUGGCACGACACACUGAGGACGGCACUUGCGGCUCUUGGGUUUGCUCCUUCGAUUGCUGACCCGUCGCUGUUUCUGCGCACUGACAUUUCGCUGCCGCUGUUCAACAUCCUCGUGUACGUUGAGGACUUGGUUUUUGCCACUGUUGACACUGAGGCACUGGCCCUUGUGAAGUCGGAGCUGUAG